AUAAAAAAAUAAAAAAAAAGGGAGGAAGAAGAAGAAGAAAAGGUCUUGGUUCCUGCGGAGAGAAGGACUAGACACAAAAACACACACCUCUCUCGUCCCACCUUCUCUCUCCCUCGUUUUCGCUUCUCCUCCAAUUUCAGCCCCAUCUUCUCCCCACCUUCUCAUUUCCCGUCGAGCUCCACUCCUGUCUCUUCGCUUCGUAAAGAACGAGAAAAGAACCCUCUCAAAAGGUCAGCGGGUUAAAGGGAAGAGAACUUAAUUAGGGUUUAUCCCUCUGGUGUUCUCAGCUAUCCUGUCGCAGUCCUGUUUGAUCUAAUGCUAGAGCUGAAGUUGUCUCCCAUCAAGAUUUUAUCUUGCUUGAUUAUUUAUAUCAAAUAUUGCAGAGUUUUACUAUUUAGUAUUACUUUGAAGCAGCUAGAGUUUAUCCUUUGGAUAUGAUUAACCACAUGUUAAUCACGCUAUACUGUUUUGCAAGUGUUCUGGGAUAAUUCUGAACAGAUUUGGACACAGUGAUGGAUUUACAUUUUGAUUAGUGUUUGAAGCUCACAGAUGAUUCUAUCAUUGUUUGGUUUCAAUUACGUUAAACUAACUGUAACCUAGAUGUUAUCAGUUGAGAGAUGAUAUGUUGGUUCCCUUUCAGUGAAAAUGACAGGGCAAGGCAGCUAUGUCCCACCUCCAUAUAUUCCUUUAAAUCAGUCAGAAGCUGGAGCGGAAAGCGCUUCUGAAGAUGAUAGUCACCCUUCUCAUCAUCCAGUCAGUCAGGACCCUAAACAGUGGUCUUCUGGAAUCUGUGCUUGCUGUGAUGAUAUGCAGAGCUGUUGUAUAGGCACUGUUUGCCCAUGCUUUCUCUUUGGAAAGAAUGCAGAAUUCUUGGGUUCUGGAACUCUCGCGGGGUCAUGCAUGACUCACUUUAUAUUGUAUGGACUAGUGAAUUGUUUCUGUUGUCUCUUUAGUGGAGGUAUACUACUGGGAUUUCCAGGAACCAUGGUUGCAUGUUACGCUUGUGGGUAUCGCAAAGCAUUACGGACAAAAUAUAACCUGGAGGAAGCUCCAUGUGGUGAUUUAACAACUCAUAUAUUCUGCCACUUGUGUGCCAUUUGUCAAGAAUACAGGGAGAUCCGGGAGAGAUCAGAUGGCUCCACUACUGUUCUUAAAUUCCCUACUGUGACUGCUCCUGUGGCCCAGACUAUGGAGUUCGAUCCCCAGUAAUAAUCUGCAAUUGUAGAAUGUCGGUUAGCAUGUCUGUUGCUGCUUUUGAUACGUGGGUAUAUUGCUUCACAUCUUCAUGCAACUUGGCUUGUAUCUGUACGAGGAAAUCAAACUUUCAAAAUUUUUCACUAAAAAGAGCACCUGUAAAUCUUGAACCACACUGCUUUUCAGCUUGUGCAGAUGGGUCACGUAGCUUUGCCUGUGACAUGAGAACAUUUAUGUAAAACAUUUUGAAAUAUCCAUAAGCUGUAUGAAUGAUCUGUUCUGACUGUGACAUUUUCGAAGAACCAGUAAAAAAAUCUGUGGAUCAUA